GCGACCUUGGACAGACCGGUAUAUAAGGCAGAGGCGGGCCCUGGCUGACGUACUGCGACGCCCCACAAGGAAACCACGACGAUGUUUUGGCCGCUUCUCCUGGUGCUCCCCUUGCUGGCGGAGGGUGCUUCCUCAGGCAGUGUGGGCUGUGUACUGCCAGCUGCCUCUACUGAGACAUUCUACAUGACUACCGAGGAGAAGCCAUGGUACCAACAGUACCAGUACCAGGUACCCGGCCUGUUUGACCUGGGCUGCGUCACGUACGUCCAGUCUCCUGGGGAGAGCGACACCGAGAUGUACCUCACUGGGAACUUCAGCAAGGCGCCUCUAUUUCCUCUGAACAGCAAUGUGUCAGUCACCGGGAACAAGCUGGACAAGGUCUACGAAGGCGUAUGGGAAUCUUUGCUGAGCGGACCGUACAACGUAGUGUACUCACACGAGGACUUCAUCAUGGACCACUACUGUUUUCUAGGAUACGAAGUGGCCCAAAUCUUCACAACUGUCAAGGAACCGAGCGACGAGUUGAUGGAGCUGAUCUGGGACGUUGUCGAUAAUCACACUGAAGUAGACAGAUCUAAAUUCACGAAAGUGGUCUGUUAAUGCUGUACAUGUGAUGAAUAAUUCACUACACUUCUGAAAAAAAAUUGUUUCUCACCCUAAUGCUUAAAUUCAUUUGUCACUAUAUAAAGAUGUAAAAUAAAAAGGAUGAUUGUGAAUCA